AUGCAUCUCACCGCGCGGCGCAUGUCAACCUUUCGAUCCCUAGUGCGUCCUCCUGCGGCAAGCCCGCGCUAUAUUGGCCUUGCACUUGACCCAUCGUUUCUGCAUUGGUUUCUUGUCUAUACUUUCAAGCGCAUCUUCCCCUGGGCAAAAUCUGAAGCGCUGGGCGCAGCUUGUUUUGACUUGAGAGCCUACUUCUUGUUUUCUAAGCUGUCCCUUCAUUCUGCUUCAUCUCCGGUCGAUAAUACCUCGACUUUUCCCCAUCACACCGUUCUGUACUGA